GGCAUCAUACGCCCUCCUAGCUUCUCACUCUCACAUCCAAUUCCUCGCCAGCCAUGGCACAUGUUCUCAUCGUCGGUGCAGGACCCACUGGUCUCACACUCGCUCUCAGCCUCACUCAGAACGGGAUACCAGUUCGAAUCGUUGAAAAGCUCUCCAUUCCAUCUGACUCACAGAGGGGCACGGGUCAAAUGCCCAGAACCCUCGAGAUAUGGAAGUUCAUGGGCAUCUUGGAUGAUAUUCUUGAAGCCGGACGACCAAUCAUACCUAUGAAGCAGUACGACAAGGAAGGCAAAGUAACAAAAGUGCAGUCUGUCGUCAUGGGCGAUCAUACGCCUACGCCUGCGAUUCCGUGGAGAGAUGCGUACAUCAUAGGCCAGGAGACCGCUGCACGUGUCUUAAGUGAACAUUUGUCGAAGCUGGGCGUGAACGUUGAAUUCGGUUCAGAGCUUGUUGGCCUACAGCAACACGAGACCCACGUAACUGCCUCCGUCAAGAAAGGUUCACAAGCUGAGACUCAGACAUUCGACGUGAAGUAUGUGGUCGGAACGGAUGGAGCCAGAGGAGUCGUCCGAAAGAUGAUUGGACUGGAGCUGCUUGGUGAAACAAAGCAGGACGUCACCUGGGCCGUUGGGGACGUUCGACUUCGUGGGCUGGAUUUAUAUCACUGGCAUAAUUUUGGCGAUGCUCCGGGAGAUGUGGUAUCGCUUCUACCCACUAAACGAGCCUUUACCGAAGAUCUCUUCUUCUGCGUAUGCAUGGGAAGCCGAGAGGAUAUGGAGAAGGCUGUCAACGACAAAGAACAUUUCAUCAAAUUCAUCAGAAAGGUUAGCUGUAAGCCCGACUUGGAGAUUAGGGAGGUUAAGAGUGUGGCGUUGUACCGCCCGAACAAUACACGAGUCGUCAAGACGUUCAAUGAGGGCAGAGUGUUCCUCGCGGGAGACGCAGCCCACGUACACAGUUCAACGGGUGGUCAAGGUCUCAACUCCGGAAUUAUGGACGCUUUUAACCUCGGAUGGAAGCUCGCUCUUGUCAUCAAAGGUCUCUCUCCGUCGUCACUCUUGGAUACAUACACCGAGGAACGCUUGCCGGUCAUCCAAGAUAUGCUUCGACGUACACAAGAGUUACUCAAGAAAACUAUGGAUCCAAAUCGCAAGGAAUCAGCUUUGCUACGUCCACAGGUCCUGCAGCAGCUCGGUGUCAACUACAGGUCUUCCUCUAUCGUGGUUGACGAUACCCAGGACGAAGAGACGGCGAAGCAGACUAUUACUAGCGCGUACGAGACUGACGAUGUUCUCCGAGCAGGCGUUAGGGCGCCUGAUGCUCCUGAACUCCGAGUUCUCUCGGGCAGUCCAACCACUACGACGAGGCUCUUCGACAUAUUCCACUCUACGCACCAUACUGUGUUAUUCCUCUUGCAUAAGACUGGGAGCGACGUUGAAGCGGAUAUUCCUGCCGUACUGGAUGUCCUCUCUCGUAUACAAUCGGACGUGGCACGCACUGUCGCAAUCUAUGCGAAAGGAUCGACUCCUGACAGUAAUGACACCGUGAAGAGGGCCGAUGUCGUGUUGGAGGAUCGUGCGGGACACACCUUUGAUGCUUACGGUUCCGAGGAGGGGGAGUCACGCAUUGUUGUGGUGCGUCCGGAUGGAUACGUCGGUGCCAUUGUGAAGAACGCGGAAGGGGUGAGACGGUAUCUCGGGAAAGUGUUCGUUGGCUUCUAGUAGACUGAGGUAGCCUUCGUUCAUGAUACUUGGUAUUCCAUAUCUGUAACGCUUUUCUUCGACUUAUCAUUGCACUGAUAGCCUUGAUUUUCACCCUCAUAAAUACCGAUAAUAUU